AUGUCCAAGGUGUGGCUGAUCACUGGAUGCUCAAGCGGUUUCGGGAGAGAGAUAGCUCUCGCAGCUGCCAGACGGGGCGAUACCGUCGUAGCUACCGCGUGUAACAUCUCCAAUAUCGAAGACCUCGAGAAGCUGGGGCUGAACAUCAUGGCGAAGAGACUCGAUGUGCUAGACAGCGACGAGCAGUUGAACGCAACCAUUGCCGACAUCAUCAAGAGUGUAGGGCGGAUCGAUAUAUUAGUCAACAAUGCGGGUUAUGUCCUGGAGGGUGCUAUCGAGGAAUGCAGCGCUGUUUUGCCACAAAUGUCUUCGGCCAGAUGGCAAUCAUCAGAGCAGUGGCUCCAUAACUACAUGCGAGCCCAGCGGAGCGGCACCAUCGCUAACCUGGGCUCAAUCUGCGGGUGGCGCGGCUCAGCCUCCGUGGGAAUAUACUGCGCCGCCAAGGGAGCAAUAGCCUUGUACUCCGAGGCCCUGAAGGGUGAACUUUCACCCUUUGGAAUCGAUGUGACCUGCAUUGAGCCCGGUUACUUCAGAACCAACUUCCUCGUCAGCGGAAAUAGAACAGUAGCCAAGAAUCGGAUUCCAGAACUGUCUUCCAUCACAGGCGAGGCCAAAGAUCGACUUGACGCGUAUAACAAGAAACAGGCCGGUGACCCCGUCAAGGGUGCAACUGUUAUCGUUCAGGCCUUGACCAAAUGA